AUGUGUGGAGGAUCUCACUCCCCACCUCACCACCUUCAAUCUUCUCAUAUCACUACCAUUACUGGGGACUACCCCGGACCACUUCUAGCUGCUCUCACCAAGCACUACAUCGACAUCCCCUGGCUCACCGGCCGCUACCCCACGCACAUACACGCCCUACACCAGCGCUACGGCCCCGUAGUCCGCAUCAGCCCCGACGAGCUCUCCUACGCCUCUGCAUCCUCCUGGAAAGAUAUAUACGGCACCAGCAGCACACGCAAGCCCUUCCUGAAGUCUGCAUUCUACGAUGACGGAACCGCCCCCUCCAUCGUGUCCGCCCGCGACCCUGCUACCCACCGCCGCAUCCACCGUCUUCUCUCCCCCGGCUUCACGGCCCGCAGCAUAGGAGAGCAGGAGCCACUCGUGCAGGGCCAUGUCGACCUCUUUUUGUCACAGGUGGGUAGGUACGCGACGGGAUCGGAGGGCGGGAAUAUGGUGGGCUGGUACACGUGGGUUGCGUUUAAUAUUAUUGGGGGCCUCGCAUUUGGGGAGCCGUUUGGGAGCCUAGAUGAUGGGAAGCCGCAUUUUGGGUUGAGAACGUGUUUGGCGCGCUGGCCGCGACGGCGUGGAUCUGGACGUUUAAGAAGAAUAGCUAGAAAGGAUCUCUUAUCUGUCCUUGUUGCUCAGCACACCUCCGGCGACUCAUUCACAACGGAAGAGAUACGCGGGAACGCCGGAAACAUCAUCGUUGCAGGCUCCGAAACAACUGCCAGCUUCCUCUGCGGUGUCACCUGGUACCUCGGGCGCGGCCCAGCCGCGUACAAGAAGCUCACCGACGAGAUCCGCAGCGCCUUCUCCAGCUACGAGGACAUUAAUGGUCGCGCAACGGAGCACCUGGUUUACUUGAAGGCCGUGAUCGAGGAGGGGCUGCGCCUGUACCCGCCCGUGGGAUUGGGAGCGCCGCGUGUCAGCCCUGGUGAGACGGUAGAUGAGUGUUGGGUGUCUAAGGGGACAGUGGUCAUGUCGUCCUUUUACGCCGCCGGGCGCUCAGAGGAUAACUUUCAUAGACCCGACGACUUUUUGCCGGAGCGGUGGAUCGAUCCGGAGUGUACGGAUAAGAACAAUGGCAGUCAACCUUUCCUGCUGGGAUCGAGGGUAUGUAUUGGAAGAGCGCUGGUGCUGCUGGAGAUACGACUCAUCAUGGCCAAGAUGCUGUGGGCGUACAAUAUGGAGCUAGUCGAUCCAGCCCAGGAGUGGUUGAGUGAGAAUGGCUUUGCCGUGGUGUGGGAGAAGCCCGCCUUAUAUGUUCGGUACACGAGAAGGCAGGGAGUGGGUAGCUGA